ACCAGUGUGCCUCGGGCUGUGAUGAUGGCGGCGGUGGGGCGUCCCGCGUUGUUUGUGGUGGCCGUCGUGCUGUGCUGCGUGUGUGGCUGCGCAGCGGCUACUACUGAGGGCAUCGGUGGGCAGGGAAAGGAGGCAGUGGCACUUGAGCUGGAGAAUGCGAGGAAGAAGACGGUUGAUGCUCAGAAGGCGGUGAAUGACGCCAAUAAUGCGGUGGUGGCAAUCAAGCAAGCAACGGAUAAGUUCAAGACUGCGGCAGACAAUGCAUUGAACAAAGCGACGGAGCUUAAUAAGAAAGUGGAGGAAAAUAAGGUUGCUCAGCAGGAGAAUCCUGCUAAGGUGGCCAGCUUGGCGAAUGACAUCCUGGGCGCAACUAAGGCGUCUUACGAAUCGCUUGGUUCACUCUGUGACAACGUUAGGCAAGCAGUGGAAGCAACGACUAAUGCAGAAACGUUAUUCAUGGCAGCGCAGAAAACGCCUCGCAGCGCAGCGAAGGAAGUGGACGAAGUUAUCAGAAAAGCAGAGAACCUCGCAGAGGAUGAAUUCAAAAAACUAUCAGCAGAUCUGAAGAAACUCUCAGAGGGCCAAAAAUGUUCUGAAGAAGCAAAAAAAGCUGUGACGAAGGAGGUGAACGCUUUUUAUGCCAUGAAAAGCGCUGAGGAGGGGCUUGAUUUUCUCAAAGAGAUAACUGCCAAACAAACGUCAAUUGAAAUCGAGAAACUAAAGACUGCCGCUAAAACAGCUACUGACGUUGCAACGGCUGCAGUAAAAGGCGCGGCAGCGGCUUUGGUUGAUGCCAUCCAAGCAUCUGGACACGCUGAUAAAGCCGUUAUGAGCGCUAAUUCAUUGCUGAAGGACAUCGACGUUGCAUUGCAAGCUGUUACAAAACGAGAGAAGGAGCCUGAGGCUUCACCUUCAGAUGCUGAUUCUCCGUCACAGGACGAGGCACAGGGCCAGAGUAUCCCACAGGAACCACUGAGCAGUACUUCAACUGGUGAGAAGCCUUCCGAUCAACAAGAAGCGGGCACCGCGGCGACCGACAAAGAGCAGUCGCCAUCAGUACCAUCGGAGGAGAAGACAGCCGCAGAAUCCCUGGAGAACGCUGCUUCGCAAGCUGCUGAUGCGCCACUGACACCUCCCAAGAGCGAU